AUGGACAGAAAUGUAAAAGGAGACAGCAUGGGAUUUUUGCAACAUGUUCUCAGCAGUGUAAAGAAACAAAUGGCAACACUUUCACUGAAACCUCCAGGAAUAUGUCCAACCCAAAUUGGCAAUCCUACCUUUGCCCAUAAGAGGUGGCUGCAUUUCAGUGCUCGGAUCCAGAGACCACCAAGUACAUUACUAUUUCACAUUCAAUUUGAUGCAUUGGUAAAGCGCUUUGUGGUCCUGUGUGAUGGAACCCAAGGCAAUAGUAACCACACCAUAACCCACUUCAUCAUCCUGGGCUUCCCAAGCCUCCAGAAGCUGCAGCUCUUGCUCUUUUUUGUGGGCUUGAUCAUUUACCUCAUGACCUUGUCUGGACAUAUCGUCAUCAUCACGAUAGUACAUCUCGACCUCCGCCUCCACACCCCCAUGUACUUCUUCCUCAGCAACUUCUCCUUCCUGGAGAUCUGGUACACCUCCAACAUUAUUCCCAAGAUGCUGCAGAUUUUCCCGGCCACAGACAGGUCUAUCUCAUAUGCCAGCUGCAUCGCCCAGCUGUACUUCUUCAUCACCUUGGGUACUGCCGAGUGCUUCAUCCUGGCCAUCAUGGCCUAUGAUCGCUACUUAGCCAUCUGCAACCCGCUGCGCUACCCGAUCCUCAUGAACAGCAGGGUUUGUGUUUGGCUGGCCAUAUGCUCUUGGGUAGGCGCCUUUGUUGUCAAUGUUCCACCUUUGGUCUCCCUCUGCAAGCUGCCAUUCUGUGGGCCUAACGAGAUCAACCAUUUCUUCUGCGAUGCCCCACCCUUGCUGAAACUCUCCUGCAGGGACCCCCGCGAGGCUGAGACAGUCAAUUUCAUUAUGGCCACCAGCGUCAUUGUCAGCUCCUUCCUCUUGAUCCUGGUCUCAUAUGUUCUCAUCAUCGUGACGAUCCUGAAGAUCCCUUCGGCUCCGGGGUGCCGGAAAGCUUUCUCCACCUGUGGCUCCCAUUUGGCCGUGGUGGCCAUCUUCUAUGGCACCCUGAUGUUCAUGUAUGUGCGGCCGACCUCCAGCUACUCCAACGACUCGGUCAACUUCAGCAAGCUGGUGUCCAUGUUCUACACGGUGGUGACGCCCAUGCUCAACCCUAUUAUAUACUGUCUGAGGAACAAGGAAGUUAAAGAAGCUCUGAGGAAAGCAGUGAUGGGAAGGUGUGUGCUGCUGCCCAAGGCUGGGAGCAUUUCUAAUGGGGGCUGGUAA